UUCACGGCUUGUCUGCGAAUCACUAGCCAGCGUCUGAGUAUUACAUACGCGCACACGCAGCUCUCCUGGCUAAACCGGCAUCUGGCUGCCUCCGUUAGCUUCCAGAGCCCCCGCUGCAAGCAGCACAAACAGCUGACAGUUAGCAUCUUAGCAUUUCCUCUUCUUUUAUCUCUGAGCUCUACUUUACAAAACAGAAGAAGAAGAAGUGUAAAAGCUGGCCGCUCCUCGUAUCUGCUUUUCCUCCCUUACCUUCCCUCCCUCUCUCCAUCCUCUCUCUCUCUCAGACUCACACACAUCCCCAUCUCGUCCACACCCACACCCAAGGAUACUCUCCCUGCCUUUCCUUCUCUCUCUCUCUCUCGCAGCAGUCCUCCUCCUCCCCCCACCCCCCGAGACCUCCAACUACUUUUUAUUUAUUUCCUUCAGGGUGAAGAUGCUCGCCUGAUACCCUUUCCCUUCCAAUCCCAAGACUUUUGUGGACUCUUUUCUAUCUGAUCUGCUACUUUGCAUCUACCUGUGGAGGUCCCCUGGUUCUCUGGUUCUUCUUUGGCCAGCUGUUGCAACCCCGCAGGCGCACCAUGCUGGGCUUGGACGUGUGCGAGUUUGGGGGGCAGGUGCUGGAGCUGCUGUGGUUAACUAUGUGCUACAGAGGUCUGAUAGCUGACAAAAAGGAUUUGCCUAUUGAGGAGGAAGAGGAUGAAAGGAACCUCAAUUACAACCCUCCAGCCCAGAAGUCUUUGCAGGAGAUUCAGGAAAUGGACAAAGAUGAUGAGAGCCUGGUUAAGUACAAGCAGACCCUGCUAGGGACGGGACUGGUGACAUCAGACCUCUCGGGGCCAAACGUCCGAGUGACCAGACUGACCCUGUUGUGUGAAGAAGCUCCUGGACCAGUCACCAUGGACCUGACAGGAGACCUGAGCACCUUGAAAGAGAAGAGCUUCUCUUUACAGGAAGGAGUGAAAUACAGACUGAAGAUACACUUCAAGGUGAACAGAGAAAUUGUUGCUGGCUUAAAGUAUCAUCAUGUGACCUACAGAAAAGGAGUAAGAGUGGACAAAGUGACAUACAUGGUGGGAAGCUAUGGGCCGAGGGCCGAGGAGCACGAGUUUCUGAGCCCGGUUGAUGAGGCUCCCACAGGCAUGAUUUCACGCGGUCACUAUCAGAUCAAGUCCUGCUUCGUCGACGACGACAAGAAUGUCUACUUGGCCUGGGAGUGGAACCUCGACAUCAAGAAGGACUGGAAUGAAUAGAUGGAAAGAUAGAGAUGCUCCUCUUCUUUCCCUUCUCCUCUUUCACCCUCCUCCACUUUCUCCUGUGAAAGCAGCCAUGCAAUGGCUGAAACACCAGGCUGUGUUUCUCCUGCCCCUUCUUUUCUUCCUGGUUCCCCUCUUCUGCCUUUUCGUCCUUGUCUGUUUGAUGCAGGUCUCCUGAAACCUUUGAGCACCUAGGACUUUAUCUCUACAUCUGUAUCCCUUCCAUCAUAAAUUAUCUUCACAAUGAAGUCUCCCUUUCCUUUUACUCUCAGUUUACUCAGUUCCACUCCUCUUCCUCAUCCCAUCAUGUGUCCAUACCUUCACACAGCAGCAGGGAGUGGUCAGCAGAAGCAGGGUUAAAGGACAUCAGCUGAGGCACAAAAGAAACAGAACAAAACAAAAACUUAUUACAGCUAAAGUGAGAUACUGUACAUCAGCAAGCUACAGAUGCUGUUUGCAGCAACUUGUAAGAUGUAUUUAUUAAUACUGUAAAGCCAUGAUAUACUGCAACACAAACGAGAUGCACUGAAUGCACAAUACAGCUCUACUCAGUAUUUGUCAAACAGACUUUCCCAAAUAGAAGAUGCACUAUGUAGAUGUGCAGUGCGUUUAGAGACUCAGCUGGAAUUCUGGAUUCACAUGUCAGACAAUUCAAUAAAAGGUUUACCAGUAAAAGAUCCUGAAGAGGUACUGGAAGCAGAGACAUGGCAAAGAUACAACAGGAAGUUAGUGUAGUCUAACUUUAUCUCGCUGACGCUGUGUCACACAGCUCAUGGUGGCAGACAGGGUACUCAAACUCUCAAUCUGUGUCACAUUAUGCUCCUUCUCUCAGUCAAAUCUGAACACACAAACAUGGCACACAUAGUUUUAGAUUCAGUGUGACUUACCCCUGUUAAGGAUGCCAUCAUCCUCAUUGUCACAAAUGUUCACACUGAACUUUACUCUAAAAUAGAUGCCUCUUAUAACCGCAGAACUCGCCUGAGAAUCCUCACGUUUUUACGUUUUCUCCCAUAUCAAAGCAAUCCAGAGAUCACUGUCUGUAUAUUCAUGGGUACACUGCAAAUACAAACUGUUAAUAACUAAUUCAGCAUACUUUUAAUGGUGCCAAAACGUAAACUCAUACAGGUCAAAAAAGAGAAAUAGGGCUGGAUUUGUAGCUUACUGUAUCCAUAGCAACAUUUUACUUUCACUUUACUGUGGUUUCAAAACUUAGAGCAUUAUUAAAAGAAUCCAGUCAAAGAAGAAUAAUAGAAAAGUAAAAAUCCAUCUAUCCAUUUUGUCUGUCAGGCUAAAAACCAUUGGUUCUGAAAAUAUGAGAAAAUGGAAAAUUUCUGGGAAUCAGAAACGUACAUGUAUUUUCCUCUAUUUUUUUUCCCCAUGUCGUUCCAUUACUCCAUGUAUUGAUUGACUAGUCUGUAGACUGAUCAACUCUGGUAUGUUCAUAUCUUGAAAUAAAUAAUUGUUGGCAAUCUAAAUUUUAAUCUAAAUUCCAUGUUUUCGUGUUUCUGCCUUUUAAUUGCAGCAAACAAAUCAAGCACACACAAACAUUUUGUAUGAUUACAGUCUAUAUUCAGUGUAGCUACAUCAUCCACUGCAGUUAAAAGAAAUCCCUCUGAUUCCUCUAUCCACUUAUUGUCUUUCCAAACUAUAUUAUACUGGGGUGACAAGAUACAGCUCAGAUUCACUUCUUCUCACAACGUGCACUACAGGCUUAGGAUCUUGGGCUUGUAUCAGACUCUUAAAAAAGGUUGUCUUUGCUUUCAAAGCACCGGUUUUCUUGAGUUUUUGCAGAGCUUUUUAAAAGAGCAGCCGAAUUCGAGAACUGAACUGUAACUGAACUGUUGUAUAGUGUAGAAAGAGAUGCAUGUGUGUCCUUUAGGAUUUGAUACUAAUUAUUCGGUAACAUAAACAAAAUUAGCUCUUUCUAAACCCCUCCCACACACCAAGGACACAAGAUGUGAACAUAUUUCUGCUUUGAACAUUAAAGAACUGUUCCUAUAUGGAGUCCUGUCAGAGAAGUAUAUCAAGGGAUGAAUUCAGUCCUGUAAAAAAUUAAGAAAUAUCAUUACUGUGUUGAGUCUUUGAAUAUGAUAUUGUCAUUGUUGCUGAACAUAUUGAACACUGAAAUACCAUUAGAAAUUGUUGUGACCUAAGAAUUAGUGUACAUGUUGGCUUGUUGGGUGUUGCAUGGUUUAACUAAACUCUUCAUUUUUUAUGACUUCAUUGUAAAAUUUAAUGUGUUUUAAAAAGGAUACUGACACAACAUCUAGAUGUCAGUGGCUGCCAGAUACAGUAUUCACAGGGAAUCUUUUAAGGGCACAGGCAGCUGGAAAAUUCCACCUGUGGUCUGAUGCCUCCCAGCCUGUGACGAUCAAAUACUGCAUCUUCUAAUGUAUCCUGUAUCUUUUAAUAAAGGCAA